CUCUUCCCCUGGCAGCAGAACAGAGUCUCAGGGAGCUCAGAGCCCAGCUGGACAGGCCCUCAGCUAGAGGCCUACCAUGGCAAUCCUGAGGCCCUUUCUUAUGCUGUCCCUGCUGGCAUGGGUUGCUCUGGCUGACCAAGAGUCAUGCAAAGGGCGCUGCACAGAGGGUUUCAACGCUAACAAGAAGUGUCAGUGUGAUGAAAUGUGCUCUUACUACCAGAGCUGCUGUGCUGACUUCGUGACUGAGUGCAAACCCCAAGUGACUCGUGGUGAUGUGUUUACUAUGCCUGAAGAUGAGUACUGGAACUUUGAUUAUACGGAAGAGCCUAAGGACAAUGCCAGUGUCCCUGAACAGCCAGAGAACCCUAGCCUGCUGCCUCAGCCAGAAGGGACUUCUGCACCACAAGAGACAAGCACCACAAGGCCUGAGGUGAAAACCACAAGGCCUGAGGUGACUCUAGAGUCUGAUAUCACUGAUCAAGGUAUCUCAUGGCCAACAGCUGAGGAAGAGCUGUGCAGUGGGAAGCCCUUCGAUGCCUUCACCGACCUCAAGAAUGGUUCUGUGUUUGCCUUCCGAGGGCAGUACUGCUAUGAGCUAGAUGAAACAGCAGUCAGGCCUGGAUACCCCAAGCUCAUCCGAGAUGUCUGGGGCAUUGAUGGCCCCAUUGAUGCUGCCUUCACGCGAAUCAACUGUCAGGGCAAGACCUACAUUUUCAAGGGUAGUCAGUACUGGCGCUUUGAGGAUGGUGUUCUGGAACCUGAGUACCCCCGAAACAUUGCUGAAGGCUUCAGCGGCAUCCCAGAUAAUGUAGAUGCAGCCUUGGCCCUCCCUGCCCACAGCUACAGAGGCCGGGAGCGGGUCUACUUCUUCAAAGGGAAACAGUACUGGGAGUACGAGUUCCAACAUCAGCCCAGCCAGGAGGAGUGUGAAGGCAGCUCCAUGUCGACGGUGUUUGAGCACUUCGCCCUGCUGCAGCGGGACAGCUGGGAGGACAUCUUUGAGCUGCUGUUCUGGGGCAGAUCCCCUGGUGGUGUCAAAGAGCCUCAGUUCAUCAGCCGGGACUGGCAUGGUAUACCUGGAAAAGUGGAUGCUGCCAUGGCUGGCCACAUUUACAUCUCGGGCUCAGGGCUCCACAGCUCCCAGCCUAAAAAGCAAAAGUCUAGGCGUCGCAGCCGCAAACGCUACCGUUCUCGCCGAGGCCAUGGGCGUAGCCAGAGCUCCCGCCGGUCAUCCCGUUCUGUCUGGCUGUCUUUAUUCUCCAGUGAGGAGAGUGGGUUUGGAGCCUACAACUAUGAUGACUAUAAUAUGAACUGGCUUGUGCCUGCUACCUGUGAGCCCAUCCAGAGUGUCUACUUCUUCUCAGGAGACAAGUACUACCGAGUCAAUCUUCGCACCCGGCGAGUGGACACUGUAAAUCCUCCAUACCCACGCUCCAUUGCCCAGUACUGGCUGGGCUGCCCAGCCCCUGGCCAUGAGUAGGAGUUAAGAGUCCACACAUGAAUCCACACAUUUAGGCUUCCCAUCGCUCUCUUUUCCAGCCUCCUCCUCCAACCUCUGCUCAAUAAAGGUCUCUCAG